UUUUACGUUCUGUACCUGUGGAAUACAAUUGUAACAUCGUUGGAACACAGUUGGUCUAGGAUGUGCCCUGUCGCUCUACACCGUGAGUGGCUAAGAGAGAUGCGGCCCCAUAGCAAGGUGUUCCGGAUGUUGAUGGUAGUGACUGCCCUUUGGAGUUUCGCUAUUGUGUUGUCACUGUACGCGGGCAACCUGACGUCAUUCGGGUCAGAGGUCACGGGAGAUGUGAGGGCUCGGGAGUUCAAUGACAGGGUCAACAUGUCUGGGGCGCACCUGAUGUCCCAACUGGCAGCAGACAGAAACUUAAUGAAGCAAAUGGUCGUCCAGAUGUCCCAAAACAAGGCCAUGCGACACGACAUCGCUGUCCUCCUAAACCUCACGUCUCACCUAGCCGAGCCUGACCUGAUGGUGCGACAAGAGACUCUCCGGACGGCCGACACGCUGAAGGCAGCCUGGCCACCUAAGGCCGUGCCGUCAGACUACGGGUACGGCGGUGCUCCACUCAAGAUUGACCCGUCUGGCCUUGACCCGAGAGAAAAGGUCAUCUUUGAUCAGGGGUACAAGAAUUAUAAAGUAAACCAACUGGCCAGCGAUCGAAUCCCACUCAGAAGAGAGAUUCGUGUUGACCUGCCAGAGUGUAGCGGCAUUAUCUACGAGAGCCAAAGUUUACCCAAAGCCGGGGUGGUCAUCAUCUUCUACAAUGAGCUGUGGUCAGUCUUGAUGAGAACCGUCUUCAGUAUCCUGGACGCUGGCCCUGACCACCUCAUCACAGAGGUCGUCCUGGUGGAUGACGCUUCAGACAAAGAGUUUUUGGGACCUCCCCUAGAGAAUUACCUGAAGAUAUUUGGCGGCAAAGUGAAGCUGGUCCGACUACCCAGGAGGCAGGGUCUGAUCGAGGCACGCAUGAUUGGUUUUGAUCACGUGACCGCGCCCAUCGCUGUUUUCCUGGACGCUCAUUGUGAGGUCACCACAGGCUGGCUGGAGCCGCUCCUGCAGCGUAUCAAGGAGGACGACACGGUCCUGGCCAUCCCGACCACAGACCGCAUCAACUGGGACACGUUCCAGUACGAGUUCAAGGCCAACUUUGAGCAGGAGAGAGGCGGGUUUGAUUUUGAUAUGAACUACAACUGGAUUAUGCCCCCUCCCCCUCCAGAUGGCGUUGAGAGAAAAAGUUACGCUGACCCAGUCAAGACCCCGACACAUCUGGGCUGUUGUUUUGCUGUUUCUAAGCAGACGUUUGAAAAACUUGGCCGAUAUGACCCUGGCCUUGACAUUUGGGGAUGUGAAAAUCUCGAGCUGUCUUUUAAGACCUGGAUGUGUGGGGGUCGUGUGGAGAUGAUCCCCUGCUCACACGUGGGUCACAUGUACCGCCCCGCCUUCCCCUACAGCUGGGGUGAAAACUCGACCUUCACCCUCCAGAGGAACUGUCUGCGGGUGGCCGAGGUUUGGUUGGAUGAAUAUAAAAAAGUUUACUAUGAACGCAUCUCGGAUUUACAGUUCUUAUAUUCUCUGUUGACCAAAAUGACCCAUGGUCUAGUUCUUAUAUUCUCUGUUGACAAAAUAGCCCAUGGUCUAGUUCUUAUAUUCUCUGUUGACCAAAUGGCCCAUGGUCUAGUUCUUAUAUUCUCUGUUGACCAAAUUACCCAUGGUCUAGUUCUUAUAUUCUCUGUUGACCAAAUGGCCCAUGGUCUAGUUCUUAUAUUCUCUGUUGACCAAAUGACCCAUGGUCUAGUUCUUAUAUUCUCUGUUGACCAAAUGACCCAUGGUCUAGUUCUUAUAUUCUCUGUUGACCAAAUGGCCCAUGGUCUAGUUCUUAUAUUCUCUGUUGACCAAAUGGCCCAUGGUCUAGUUCUUAUCUUCUCUGUUGACAAAAUAGCUCAUGGUCUAGUUCUUAUAUUUUCUGUCGACCAAAUGUCCCACGGUCUAGUUCUUAGCUUCUCUGUUACCAAAAGUCCAUGGUCUAGUUCUUAUCAAACGCUGGACAUUGGAGACAUCAGUGAGAGGAAAGCCUUGAGAGAGCGCCUGCAGUGCCGGUCGUUUGACUGGUACGUCAAGGAGAUCUACCCAGAGCUGUACAUCCCCCUGGAGACAGCUGCCACGGGCAGGAUCUCCAAUGUGGCCGACCCAGUAUUGUGUAUAACCAGAGACAUUCGCCAGUCAGUGACUGAUGCCUCGGUUAGGGCGUGUCACCCCCUCGAACAACACCAGCUAGUCUAG